GUGAUAUUAUUAAUAUUCUUAUCAUACGAGAUGGAGAAAGAUGACUGUCAAAUGCUUAUCAAACAGUGUUGUCUCAUAUCCAAUUUUCAAAAAAGUGUUUCCUGUUGCUUUGUCGGACAAAAAAACUUAUAUAUGCGUUUGUCAACUUAAAUACAUAUGUUGAUAUUGCUAAUAGUGAGAUGAUUAUUUCGUUAAGCAAUACUAUUUUUUUCCAAAUUUUUCAUAAUAUAUAUCUGUAUAUAUAUAUAUAUAUUGAGAGAGGAAGAGAGAGAUAGAUACUAUAUGACUGGAUGCAACAAAACUCCUAAAUACAACUAGAAGUAAGUAAAAAGUUAAUAUACUCAACUAACCAAUUUUUAUGAUAUUUUCCAAAUACAUUCAGUAUAUUUUCGAAGAAAGAAUCGAUAUUCCUACGAAAGACUUCAUAAAAUUUGUCAUCUUCAUUUGAUAUUUUUCAGAUAAUCAUGCAUUUACGUCUUAUAUUAUUAAUAGCCUUUUUGGCUAGCUUAACGAUUGCAGAACGAGCUCGUAACGAUCGCCGUUCACCAAUAAAUGAUGAUGAUGAUGACGAUAAUAUUGAUGCAGAACAAGAAUUUUCAGAACGUGAAGAAGAUAAUGAAGAUGUUAAAGAGGAUGAAGACGAACAAGGAGUUGUAGAUGCAUUUAAACGUUUUCUACUCCACAAAAAAACGACCACAGUAAAACCCGUUACAUCAGGAGUACUAUCGAGAUCAUUUUCAACGAGUACUGCAAGAUACCGACCAUUUUCAACAACUACACGAUACGGAUAUCGUACCUCCCGUCGUACGUCACAAGACAAAUGUGCAGCUGGUAAUCCCUGUAAAAAUGGUGGUUCGUGUAGAUCAUUGAGUAGCGGAAGUUAUUACUGUUUUUGCGAUAAUAAUCAUUAUGGAAAACAUUGUGAAAAUACUUUUAGUAGCAAUAGUUAUUCAUCAUCAUCAAGUGAUAAAAGUCGCAAAGAUCAUUGUUUAAGUAGUCCUUGUAAAAAUAACGGUGAAUGUGUUGGAUUACGUACAACCUAUUAUUGUCGUUGUAAAACCCCAUUUUAUGGAAUUAAUUGUGAUAAACGUGGAUAUCUAACAAAUUAA